AUUCAUCAUCGCCAGCUAAACCUAAAGUAAGAAAAAAAUGCAGGACCCCGCUGCACAGCACCCCCAGCAGCAGUCCACCAGCACCUCUCUCAAGGAGCUCUGUCGGGACUUUUUCGUCGAAGAGCUCCUCAGGAAAACCAUUUCCCUCUCCGGAGGAGGUGAUGGCCGUUCUCAACAUAUGCACUGCAAAUAUGUCUUUUGGGUCCUUAAGGAUGUACGGUUUGUCAUGCUUGUGUGGCAUGAGUGAAGAGUUUGUGAUGCGUGUCCAAGAAGAGACUUUCUUUCUAUAUGCAAAGACUCAGUCUAUCAUGCGGAGAGCGCAACUACACGAGACCGCGCAAAUAUUUCUCACCGUGCUUGGCUAUGCAUUACAGAUCAUUUCACUAUUCACAAUUCAGCAUUGCAAGUUUCCAGACACAGACAUAUUUGCAAUGCAUAAAGCAGGGUAAUUCGCCACAGGGACGAGAGCAGUUCGAGGGCGGAGUAGAUUCUAUCAAAAGGAAAUAUCCCCCCUCCCCAUAUCGGAACGACGUUUCUGAUGCUGGAUUUGCGUACACAAAUCAGGUCUGUCUUGCUGGAGAGGACUGCAGGCAUAUGCCAAGCCUGAGUCGAGAGGUUUGGACGUAGGCGACUAGCAUGACAGAUGUCGGCUCUGUAAGCCCAACAGCAUCACAAGCCGCCUGCAUAAUGCUGCCGACUCUCUGGCUUUGUCUUCUUGCAAGACAAACGCGAUUUGUGACCUCAAAUCACCAACACAAAUGUUCGGAGUCAUACCUUUUCAAUAUGGGGAGGGGGGAUUUUGCCUCACAAUAGAUUCGCCGCAGUCACCAACGGUAGAUGUUGCCAAAAAUCUAAAUGCGGCGGACACUCAAAACAAAUUCCUGGUGAUCUGCGACCAGUGCGGUUUGCGCGUUUUGAACAGCAUCUGCAGGUUGUCCGACCUCUACGAAACCGGGGUAACCGCGGUAGAAGCGCUGGAGUCGAAGGAUAGGCAACCUAUUCCGUCGUUGGAUGGGGUGUAUUUUAUCGACCCGGAGGAUGCCGAUAGCGUCGGGAUUUUGCUGAAGCAGGUACUAUGUAGUGCGGGUAAGUUUUGACGACCGGCGCUGUCUUGAAGAUAGUGAUCCUGGUCAUCUACGAUUCAUCUUUGUGAGACAGUGUAACAAUCAAAGCCAAACAAGAAAAAUCUCCCAAAUACAUAGCUGGUCGACUACUAAUUGUCCCUGCUUCUUCUCAGGAGGGAGGUGGACUCUGCGUCUGCUACAGUAACAGUGGGAUUCUAUGCCAAUAUGAUGUAGCUGCCAUAAUUUGCAAACUUCAGGACUUUCCCAUCCCGACCGCCGCUGCGCCCGACCCAGUCGCCAAUCUCGCCGGUAACACGAAUCCAAUGUCGCUCUCCGCCGCAACAGCAGCAUUGAAAUCGAAACUGCCGAAGACAAGUUCGCAACAGAAGGAGCAGAUCCAGCAUGACAACGUGCAUCUUUUCUUCACCCGGAAAUGCCCCGAUGAAGUCCUCCGAGAACUUUCCCGGCACCCGCUGCUCGCCCCGAGGAUAAGAAACGUCGUGGAGAUCCCUUUGGGUCAGUUCCAACUCUUCCACAAAAACGUGUUUCACUUGGAUUUAUCCGGCGGGCUGCGAAAUCCGAAACUGUUUUCCGCGAAUUUUCUGCAAAACAGCAACACAAAUGCAGCAAAUAAUCGGGACUCGUUUGGGAAUCUGAAAAACUGGAGCAAGGACACUCGGGGGAGGAUUCUGUCAGACAAAGGCUCGAGCUCUGCCAGCUCGCCGGUCGGAGAGAACUACGAUGGAGUAGACAACAACGGCACACAGCCUCAUGAGGAUGAAAAUGUCCGGAACGGUACUAUCAAAUGCAAAUAUGUCUGGGUCUGGAACAGUGGAACUCGUGAUGCGUGUCUUGCAUUCCUGGAAAAUCUGGGUUGCAUGAGCAGCAAAAGAGGAACUUCCUUCGUGGUCAUGCAGAAAUGCAAUUUGUGAUGCGUGCUAGGCAUCAGCAGGCGCGUCAAAAACUUGGCAUGCUCGGCUGCCAUUGCAAGCAAUUCAAUCAUGCUCAAUUCAGCAUCAUAGGUUUCCAGACCCAGACAUAUCUGCAAUGCAUAGGUACCGCUUUGACGCAGCGAUCACUUUCUCUCCUGCCCAACGUCAACCACUUCUACCCGAGGUUUGCCAGGCUGCACGACACGGUCGCAGGCCUGUAUCAGCUGUGCAAAGUGCUGAGCUACAACGGUGGUACGACUGGGGGUGCCGCCGGUGGUAUAAUACCAGGGCAACAAAAUCGCGCAGGUUCCUGCUCCUUCGACCUGGAUAUCCGGUUCCAAAAGGAUUCCAUCGGUAUACGCAUUGCAAAUAUUUCUGGGUCUGGAAGAAUGCAAACUUGUGAUGCGCAUUUCACAACACAUAAAAAUCUCUCAUGCAUAGGCAGCAAAAGCUGCCCACUUUCUGUCACCAAAGCCGGGCAUUUGUGAUGCAGAUUCGGCAUUGCGGAAGCUUCUCGAAACCUGUGAUGCUAGAGCUUCCAUGCCAGACCUUUUGUGCAAUGCAAAAGCAGCACGACUCUUCCAGACCCAGACACUUUUGCCUUUGAUAGGGUAACAUGUGCUACAACUUGGCACGAAAGCUGAUUCAGGAACACAACUAUCCUGUGCAAAAGCAUCGCACUCGUACUAAUCACAGUCAUGCAAGACAAGUUUCUUUUUCAAGCUAAAUCAGCAUGACAAAUUCCAUUCCUCAUGCUGAGCUCAUUUGUAUUGCAAUACUACGAGUGCGAUAAUUUUGCAGUUCAUAACAACCGAAAUUUCUCCAGCGGGGGAGCAGGUUCUAGUAGUAGAGGCCGGGCGUCGUCUGACCCGAGGGGCCAGGCGUCUUCGAUGGGUGGUGGUAUGAACAGGCGGGGUAGAGAGACAGGUGGCGGCGCCGGAGCAGGUUUGGUAUCUUCUGCUGGAAAGAAAGUGGAGAUUCUAAUUUUAGAACGUGCCUUUAUGGGUGUGUCAGGAUUGUAAUCGAUAAAGUUGGAAUAAUCUGUGAUGCAUAAAAUGCAAGGCACGAAGUGACUGUCUUGCAGGGAUUGCAAGUGAGGCCGAUUGUGAGCCUGUUUCGGGUUUUGGAUAGAGCUGCUAAAGUAGCAUGACAAAGGAUGCCUUCUUUAUUCGCUAAACAGCAUGACAAAUUGGAUUAUGAUGGCAUCAACAUUUGUCAUGCGUCGCUUGAAAAUUGGGAUAGCAACUGGUAUCGGUCUUAUGCAUCACAAAUUUGUCAACCUUGUCAGUUUCAAUCCUGACAGUUCCAUAGUUUUUGAUCUCCCGGCCUGCUUCGUCCACGAGUACACGUAUGAAGUAUGAAGUGCAAAUGUGUGUACGUCUGGGUCAGGAAUCUUGUGAUGCUGAAACUCGCAUUGCAGAGUAGCCGCAUGUACGGCAUAAGAGCGUAAGAGGUUGUUUUGCGAGGCCUAGGGGUAGUGCCGGAUCAUUCGCAAAACGCAUGACAAACUGACACUGGGUUUCACAGCAUGACAAGAGAACUAGCCAAUCGCAUUUAUGCAUCACAAAUCCUUGUUGCCCUUGACAUCUUGCAUCACAAAUUCAGACACAGACGUAUUUGCGAUGCAUACGAAGCCCUGGUCUACGAUGUUUUGGACGACGCCAUGGAGCAGUCGGCGAACAACCUGAGCUACAUAUCGCAAGAAAAAAUCUCUCUCUGUAAACUUGUGAUGCAGAAAGUGCAUCACUAGGCUGUUUGUCUUGGUACACAUGCGAGACACUUGAUGUGCAGCUGUGUUUUGUAUUUGUUCCCGUAGGAACCACUAAAAUGGGCCGUCUUUUUUCUUGUCAUGUGCUGUAGCGAAGAACUUGUCUUGCAAAACCUGCAAAGUCCUAUAGGGUGAAGCACUUUUUUCGUGCGAUACCACGCGAAGUAUGGGCUGAAUAUUGAAACAGGAGUGAUAAACACCACCACAGCCGCAUCCUCCGCUACUUCAGGGACAUCAAAUCAUGCAAGUACGGAACAGCACGUUUUAGCGGACGAUUUAUGGGAACAGUUAAAAGCGCAGCACUUCGUGGACGCGCAGAGCUACGUUUUGACCCAAGCCGGGAAGCUAUCGGAGCAGUUUGGUGGGCUCGCACAGUUGGAAAAGCAAGGUAGAGUUAGUUGGUUUCAUGUCUAACGUACAACUCUGCACAAUGACUAGUAACAGCAGGUUGCGAUCUUGGUGAUAAUUGCAGCUGGUCCUCCUGCGGUGGCGCCUUCGUUGCAUAUGCAUUUAUUCGCAAGAUAUAAAAAGUACGGCACUGUGUACUAAGUAAUGGUUGAUCAACAUCAAAAAGUUAUCAGGUGGGCAACAGCUUUCCACGGAGGCCCUUGCGCAGAUGGUAAGAGAGCGACCACAGUACCAGGAAUUGCUGCGCAAAUACCACUUUCACGUGGACCUAUUCGAAAAAGCCGCUUACCAGCUGAACGAGGAUAAACUGAUGGGCACCUCCAGCAACCAGCAAAUGAAUAACAACGCCUCGGUAUCCUGACAAAAAACGUCCCCACACCAGAGUCAAGAUGGCCAAUCUGCUAGACAAAUCAACCAGCUGCGGUUGCUGCGCAUGACAAGUUUGGCCUCAUAGUGUAAUCCUAUUGAGCUAGCUCCAGCAGCAUGACAGAUCUAGCCUACCAUGCUGGUGCGAGCGUCGCAAAUUGCGAAACACGACUAGGAAACGCCUCUCAUGGGGCUCGACAUGAGAAAUAUUUUUUGCCAUGCAGAUUGCCAUACCAUUUUUACCCAGAAUACUCGGCGAUCCCGAUCGAGCUCUGCGUGUUCGAACAAGAUUUAGCGACGGGGGUGGACCUAUCAAGUGCAAAAAUGUCUGGGUCUGGAAGAUUGCAAGGUUUGUCAUGCACGUUUUGCAUGACCCAAGAUGUCUGUGAUGUAUGCCACAGCAUCACAGAUUUUUUGCGGGCAUCUUGAUGCCUAUCCCGCAUGAGAAAUGCCCUCUCCGCGGAGCUAAAACUGCACGCCUCUUGCUGCUCAUGCAAUACAGAUUUUUUUAGAUUCCAAAAAUUGCAUAAGAGCGGGGUAACAAAUGACCCGUUAACUCGCACCCGCGAGUUAGCCGGCCGCCCGGCCGGCCGGACGGUUAACUCGCGGUUAGCAGUGUAGACAUAUCGAAAGGUGGCGCGAAUCUAACCCGAAGCUUUCGCCAAUCCUCAAUCCAGCGCGCUGAUUGAGAAUUUUUUUAUCGUGCUUAUUUAUAAACGAAAUCGAUUGCAAAACACGGCGGAAAAACCGUAACAGGCUUCAUUUUUUGCAAUUCGAAACGAGGAAAGUUUUUCAUGCGUCAGCAGCGUAAAGCGUCGCUAUCAUUGCAGUUCAUCUAGCGAACGCUGAGAGAGGGCGAGCUAAACUCCGCCUGCGAUCUGGCGCUUGUUUAAAUCGCCAUGUUAUAGCGGUGACGCAAUAAAAUUCUCAAUCAGCAUGCUCGAAUGAGGAUUGGCGAGCACUUCGGGUUAGAUUUGUGCCACCUUUCGACUUGUCUACACUUCUAACCGCGAGUUAACCGUCCGGCCGGCCGGGCGGACGGCUAACUCGCGGGUGCGAGUUAACGGGUCAUUUGUUACCCCGCUCUAACAAGUUGCAUUCUUCCAGACCCAGACAAUUUUGCAAUCCAUAGGACCGCGAGGGCCGGGAGAUGAAAGUGCUGCGGUUUAACAGUUUGUUACAACAGAUUCUGAACAACUCCGCUUCGAGCAGCUACAGCUCGGACCCGAACUUUAUCCCGAUGGAAACGAAAGUCCGGCUUUUGUUGUUGUAUUUCUCAGUAUGAAAGUGCACAACUCCCCCUCCCCCUCACUUGUAUUGCAUGAACAGCAAUACAAGCGUCAGCAAGAACACAGGUUUUGCAUGACAAAUUUAUUUGGACAGGCGUGUAGUGCAGCUAUUUGGGCUGCCAGAACUUGUCAUGUAAACAGUGCCAUCAAGAGCUUGCCCAGGCGUAAAUUAGGUAUUUUGCAUGAGAAAUGAGAACGAGGGGGAGUUGUGCACUCUCAUACUCAGUGAUCGGAAACGUCCCGGAUUCUAGUAGAAGACAACUGUUGGACGCUGCGCGGUUGACAAACACCGAACAACAAAUGGUGUUGAGUUUGAUGGAGAUGGCCAAUUCGAGCAACGUGAACAACUCUGCUGCAAUGGCACAGCAACAGAACGCGAAGCAGAGCCAAAAUGCGCCGUUUCACCGGUCUAGCGCGAAGGAGGUGAAGAAAUACAAGCAGAUCGCAAAAUCUAUCACAGGAAAAAGUGUUAACCUUAACGAAAUUUGUGAUGCAGUCAUGUAUCAGAAAAGGUGGUCAAAUUUGUAUUGCAUAGCAUGCACUGUAGGAAAAAAUUGUCAUGCAUAACCGCAAUCUCCGAAUAAAACCGUUAACGUUAACACUUUUCCUUCCAAUAAAAUCUGCCCGGUUUGACAUGACGAGAUUCGAGCCGAGAGUGAAGGAUUUUGCGGAAACCUUGAUCAACAAUCAGCUGGACAAUUUACUGGAUGCCAACGGUGGGGAAAUCUUCGCUUCCAUGUCAUCUACAGGAAACAAUACUUCGAAGAGCAGAUCUACUGCGACGGGAGUAGAUGAAAAUACCGGGACAUCCAACCACCUGAAAACGGUCGAAACCGCAUUGGACCAGGUAGACGUUACCUCCUGGUCGUUUGGCGGAGGUUCUGGGGGGUUGGGGGCGACUCCGGGGAGGGCGAGCCAGAUGAAUAAACCGCCAAGCAACAGGAACAAUCAAGACCAAGUCGCAAGAGCCUCCGCGGCAACCACUUCCCCCGAAAGGGGGAGGAAAAGGUUUGGGUCUGCCGGCGGAAUCUUCAGAGGUGGAGGCACGGCGGGAAGUUAUAACGACGCAACAGGAACAAGUACCGCUUCUGCGUCGAACCAACGGCGGGAUAUUAUUGUCUUCAUUAUCGGCGGGAUUACGCUGUCGGAGAUCCGGGAACUGGAGAAGAUACAAGAGUCCAAUGCGAACGUAAAUUUGCUCAUCUAUGGCGUUCUCAAACGCUACAUUCUCAACUGUUACAUGAAUUUGUAAUGCAAGACUGGCACAGGUAAGACAGAGAAUCUUGCGCGUCUUGCAUUACAGGUUUGGUGCGGACUACAGUGCUAUUUAGCCCUCCGAGAAUUUGUCAUGCGAAGCAGCUUGAUCGUCUGGCGGGUCAUGGUAAUUUUGCAUGAAAAAUCAGGUAACAGUUGAGAAUGUAACGUUUGAGAACCCCAUAUCAUCGGCGGCUCGCAGGUUCUGACGCCGAAGAAGAUGUUGCAGUUCUUGAAAGAAGAGCAUGAGAUGCUUGGUGGAGGAGCUGGCGGCCAUGACAACGACCAGGAUGGAGGUUUUUAUAAUCCACCGGGAAGAAGUGGUCCUGGGAUGGGCGGUGGAGUCAGCAACAACUAUGGCAGAAACAACAACGGAAAGAACGGCAGGAAUAGCGAUCGGAAUGUGUAUGGUGCCAGCAUGUACGAUCGUGGCGGGGGUGGAAUGACGCGGGGAGGAGGCGGGAAUUAUGUGUAAUAGUUGGGUUUUUUCGUGUCAUGAUCCCAGGAACCAGAUCCAGAUGAUUGAACAUAUAUAAGCGACAGGAGUGCUGGUCCACGUGGACAGCAUUGCAACUGCAGGGACGAGAGUCGACGCCUUACAGAAACGAAUGAACACGACAGAAAUGAAUGAACACGACAGGUUGCGCUACGUUGUACAACUAUGAGAAUCUUCUUCACGAGCAU